AUGAGACUAAGCAUUUUUGCCAUCACACUCCAGGCCACCCUGAGCUCGGCCAACAUACGUCGUGACCUCGGCGUCAGGAACGUUAUAGUUGCUGAGAUCAAAGACGGCCACCACAUUGACGAAGAGAACCAGCAGAUUGUUUUCGUCAAGCCUGAAUCGCCAUUUCAGGAAUCCUUCCGCUGCUCUCCAGAGAGCGGCAAAAAACUCACAUACAACUCUGAGAAGACAUUCGUUGCCUGCUGUAAGCCUGGGCAGUCUCUGCUUGGCAGUCCACAGGCUGUAUUCGAAUGCUGUGACUCCGGCUUCAUACUUGCCGGAGCUGCGGGUACCGGCUAUGCAUGUUGUGCUUCGGGACAGAUCUACGAUGGUUCUACCUGCAAGCCGAAGGUGAAGAUCUGCGAAAAGGGAAAGCAACUCGAUGUCAACAACGAAUGUGUUUGUCCUUCGGGCACAAGUGAGACGCCUGACGGCGGCUGCCGCUCAAAAUGCAGCUCGGGUGUUUCAGCAGGCAAGUGCUAUAUCUUCAUCUCGGAAAACGGUUACCGGUUCGGCUACAACAAUCAGGGCUGGUACAGCGCGGCCAAGGACGGCCCCGAUCAACGAUUCGGCAAGUUUCAACUCUGCAAGGACCAGGAAUGCACAGCCAGCGGACAGAUCAACCCAAACGAUGCAUUCCGUGUUAAGGAUGUUCACGGUGAUGCCAAGGGUGGGCAAAACGCCAACCACUGGCUCACCCAUCCAAAGGACGCAGGAAAUGUCAAAAAGACGCAGGAGUACUCAGAUGCUGGUGUUUAUGCCAUCACCAAGUGGGCGUGUGGCAGAUACUGUCUAGGCGGGCUUGAGACCGGCCUCGUUUCUUCUUAUCCAAAGGAGGCGCUCUCAGCCAUGUCCACCUCGGUUGACAAGCAAGCUUGUGUCCCCAUCGAUAUCACCGAGAUACCAUGCGAUAUUCGCGACGCACGGAACAACUGCAUGGCGCACGACCCCUCGAAGCCAUGUCUGCUUGGCAAAGCGCCGGAUCAACUUGAUCAAGGAACCCACACGGACCCAGACGAGACCGCACCUGUCUCAGACGUGUGCAGUCGUAGCAGCGCAAAACCCAUCAAAGACCGAGCAACCAGAGUGCACAAAUGCGACACCAGCUAUGCGGAGGAGAACUUCCCCUGCAGCAAGGGCAAGGAGCCACCCUGCCGCGGAGCUGAAGUCAAGGGCUGGUCGAGUGCUAAACUUCCGUGGGGAGGGGCAUACAAACAGCCUGGCCCCCCAAAGCCCUUCGAAAUGUGGGUAAACUAUGAUGACCCGGUGGUCAUGAGUAUUGUGGAUGUUGAGGCACAGUCUGAGCACUUUCUUCUCAAGUUGGAUGACGAGUUCUUGGGCGAGACAGGCGGCGAGGAUGGCUACGUGAACAAGUACAUUGGUGACUGGAACAAUCCGGAAUGGUGCCUCUUGAACGGAUAUACUCGCGGCUACUUCCGCAUUCCAGCCGGUCGGCAUAAAAUCACUAUUGAGUGGCCACAGGGCACAGGAAUGUACACCAGAAAUAACGGUGCGCGUUGGUUGUACGGCAUUGCCAAAUACCGAUUUGACCGGCUCUGCGACCCAACCAAAUGCACAUAA